CACAAGGCCGAGAGCCUGGCCUGGGAGCUAUAAAUAGCAGCCGCAGAGUGGAGCUGCUGCUUGUGCCCACGCUCCUACGCAUGAGUCAGCCUGCCCUGGCCUGGGCAGGCGCCCGGAGGAGCCAGAGAGCUGGCCAGAGGCUGGAGGCCUGGCCCAAGUGCAGACCCGUCACUCGGGAGACCGAGGCAGGCAGGCCAUUGGAAUGGGAGGGAGUGGGGCUGUUGCCUCGGGGCACCUGUGUGCCUGGCAGCCCCAUGAAGAUGGACGUCAUCCUGCUUGCUCCCUGCAACCCCGAGAGGGUCGGUCUGGGGUUCUAGCAGCUGGCACAAGCCCUCCCGGCCCUGACCGCCCCCCACCGCGUGGAAGAUGCCUGAGCAGAGCAACGACUACCGAGUGGUGGUGUUCGGGGCGGGCGGCGUGGGCAAGAGCUCGCUGGUGCUGCGCUUCGUGAAGGGCACGUUCCGGGACACCUACAUCCCCACCAUCGAGGACACCUACCGGCAGGUGAUCAGCUGUGACAAGAGCGUGUGCACGCUGCAGAUCACCGACACCACGGGCAGCCACCAGUUCCCGGCCAUGCAGCGGCUGUCCAUCUCCAAGGGCCACGCCUUCAUCCUGGUCUACUCCAUCACCAGCAAGCAGUCGCUGGAGGAGCUCGGGCCCAUCUACAAGCUCAUCGUGCAGAUCAAGGGCAGCGUAGAGGACAUCCCCGUCAUGCUGGUGGGCAACAAGUGCGACGAGACGCAGCGGGAGGUGGACACCCGCGAGGCCCAGGCCGUGGCCCAGGAGUGGAAGUGCGCCUUCAUGGAGACGUCGGCCAAGAUGAACUACAAUGUCAAAGAGCUCUUCCAGGAGCUGCUCACGCUGGAGACACGCCGGAACAUGAGCCUCAACAUCGAUGGCAAGCGCGCCAGCAAACAGAAGAGGACAGACCGCGUCAAGGGCAAAUGCGUCCUCAUGUGAGCCCGGAGCGCCCGCCACCAGCCGGCCCACGCCUCUCCCCACGCCCCUGCUCCUCCUCCCCCCCCAGUCCUCCGCUCCCAGCCGCCGGCCUCCCUGCCCUCCUCCCCACCUCCUUCUCUCUCCCUCUCAUCUCCUCCACUUCUCUUCCUUCACCCAACACCUCUGCGGGGGAGACCGAGGCCCCGGGGAGCCCGCGGCAGGUCUGGGGCUCCAGCCCGGCUCUGCUGCGCGGCUCUGCCUCCCGCCCCCGCCCCCCAGGCCUGUCUGCACCCCCGAGAACCACGUGCUGGAGGUGGCCCCCUGGAUCCGCACCUAAGAAACAGGUGAAGCUGCCUGUUCCCGCUGGGACCGAGGACACUGGGUCCUCCCUGUCCCUGCCCAUCCGUCUCUUUCCUUCGGGCGCCCCAGGCAGACCUGUGUCUCCCCCAUCGGAUCACUGUGACCGUGCUGGGGAGGGGGAGUUGAAAUGCACAUGGACCUCAGAGUUUGUUUUCCCCCCUUUGGUAUUUAACAGACGCUGCCCCUGCUCCAUCCUUCAUAACCUCCGGCCUGUGCUCCCCACCCCGGGUCCCAGAUCAGUCCUCACCUCUGUCCCCAAGCCUCAGUGAGGGGCGGGGGGCUUUGUGGGAUGGGUCUCAGGCCACCAGGCAAUAACCACAGAGCCUGCAGCAGCGCCCCGCCAGCCUGGAAUCCCACUCCUCGCCCAGUGUAGGGUGAGGCUGGGUACAGGCAGGGGAGAGGCCUGGGACUGGCCCGUGGCCACAGCACAACUCAAGGGGACCAUCCAGCAUGAAUAUGGAGGGCCUUCCCAGACCCGGCCUGCAGACACUGGCACAGCCUGCUACCACUGAGCCUCAGGCAGGGGCACGUGGGGUGCUGGGGGGGGCACCCGGGGCCCCAUCCAGGGGCAGGCGACUGGACCCAGCACCAGCAGGAUCUGAGGGGAAUCCAUGCAGAGCUCUGCCCAGCCCACUGCCUCCCGCCAACUGUGCCCCAGAGUUGGGGGGCUCUGCCCAGCAAGACGUGUGUCCUGGAGUCAGGGGAUAUCAGCCACCAUGAGAUUCCGAGAGUGGCCACAUAAUUCUAUACUCAUGGAGGGGGAAGGGGCUGUGUGACAAGCAUGAAGGUGAGCCGUAGGCCUGGGGUGGGGGUGACCAGGGGGUGGUGGGUUUGUACAACCUGGAGCACACAGGCAGAUCGCUUGUGUCUCAGCAUGUGUCUAUGCGUGCACUUGUGUGUGUGUGGCUGUCAUUUGGAUGGUAAGUCUGUGUCACGGUCUCUGUGUAAUAACGGUGUAGGCUAUGUGUAGGGGUGGGCAGUGUGGUUGUCCUCAGGAAUGGUUAUUUGUGUCUCUGGGAACCUUUGUACCAGCAUAAGUGUGAUUGUAAGUGGUUGUAUUUUGGGGAGUGGGGGACGUGAUUUAUAGGACCGCAUCUGUAAACCUGUUCGUUCUGCUGCCUGAGGAAGCCCAUUUGGCUUUGUAGUGAGGUGGCUCUUGGCUCAGACUCUGUAUCGAUCAUCUCUGGGUGCCUAACAAAUGACCACAAAGUCAGCCAACGGAAACUGGACACUUUUGUCAUCUCCGUUCCUGUGGGUCAGGAGUCCGGGCAUGGCUUCCCCAAGACUUCCACUCAGGAUCUCACGGGGCUGCGAUCAGAGCCUGCUGGCUGCAGUCUCAUCAGAAGACCUGACUGGGGACGGAUCUGCUCCCGAGCUCACACAGCUAUCAGCGGCAUCCAGUUUCUGCAGUUUCAGGCCCAAGUGGCUCCGUUGCCCACUGGAAGUCAGCGGGAGCUACCCUCGGCUCCUUGCCGCGUGCGUGUCUCCCUGGGGUUGCUCACAGCAUUGGGUGUCCUGGGGCAUGACAAAGCUGUGUGUGCAUGCUUGCACGUCCUUGGGCGCAUCGGGACUGACCUCUAUGUGUGUGUGUAUGCGUGUGUGCAUGUGAGAAAGGCCAUGUCGUGGUACAGUCAUGUGACCACAUGGGGACUGUUUAUAGGUGAGAGGGGCUGCUUGUGUCCAUCUCGGUAGCAGUGUGUUUGGUCUUCUCUGUGUUCGUGGGACUCCACAAAUGUUUACUGGGCACACUAUGUAGAGAGGGAGGGAAUGUGUGUGUGCAAGUGUGUGUGUCACCGCCUGGCACAUGGACGGGCAUGGAAGAGCUGGUGGCAUCCUGCCUGAGCACAACUGAGCCCCUGUAUCCUGUGGUGGGUCCAGGGCCCACCAGCAUCUGGUGUUGCUCCUUCCCCACCCCGGGAGCGUUUCCUGGGCCCUGCUGGGCAGGGGUCUGCAGCCCUUUCUCAGGGACACACCCUGAUAGCACAAUCUCCCUGGGGCCCCGCCCACCUCCAGGCCUUUCCUGGCCCCAGGCCCUGGUCCCCUGGGGAGAAAGGGCUUCUGCAGCAGGAGGGGCCUGAGCCUGCCCCAGUCUCUGGCCCAUCCUGCCUGGGCAUCCCUGGUUCUGGGGACCAUGCCAGGCCAUGCUUGCUGUGAUUCCACCCCUGCCCCUCCUCCCCCGCAUGUGGGUGCCCCCUGCCCCCCAUUGUGGGGUCUGUGUAGCAUUUGCUCUAGAAAUAGUCUUCCUGCAAUAAAAAAAGUGGAUCCUGCA